GUGGCAGCCCCAAACCUAAUACAAAGAGAAAUGUUAACUGGAUUGGCUGCUAGUUGAAGACGUCAGGGAAUCGUUUGUUUAUACCUCACUUUUUGUAUCCUCAGUAAAAUGUUGAUGAGGUUAAUCUGUUUUAUCACAACCCUGUAAGGUAAUUUAGAUUGAAAGAGGAGGGCCGCUGCGGCCAGCCAUGGUGCUUCCGAGGAGAGCAGAGAUUUGAACCCAGGUCUUUCCAGUCCAGUGGCUGUUUUCCUCAGUUCUCAUCUAACAGGCUAAAUUAGUUUGCAUCCUUCCCGCUGCCAACUUUCAUUUAUGCUCUGGCGUCCUGUGGCUUCCUUGGAGCGCCUUGCUAUGGAGAGCGUGCGCUGGGCGUUUUCCUAUGCCUCCUGGGUCCCCUGCCGUGAGGACUGGCUGCUGGCCAUGCGCCUCGUUCAGCCCGAAGAGAAGGAGCGCAUUGGUCAGUUUGUCUUUGCCCGUGAUGCCAAGGCUGCCAUGGCUGGUCGUCUGCUGAUAAGGAAAUUAAUUGCCGAAAAAUUGAACAUUCCUUGGAAUGAAAUACGGUUAGAAAGGACUUCAAAAGGCAAACCUGUCCUUGCAAAUGACAUAAGCAGUAACCGUUCCCCCUUCAACUUCAAUGUCUCUCAUCAAGGGAGUUACGCAGUCCUUGCAGCUGAGCCUGACCGUCAAGUUGGCAUUGAUGUGAUGAAGACGAGCUUGCCAGGAAGUGGUUCGAUUCCUGAAUUCUUCCGCAUUAUGAACCGGCAGUUUACGGAGGAAGAGUGGCGGACGAUCACAUCCAUGCCUAAUGAAUGGCUUCAGUUGGAUAUGUUUCACAGACAUUGGGCAUUAAAAGAGAGCUUUAUAAAAGCCAUUGGAGUUGGAAUAGGUUUCGAUCUUCAAAGGAUUGAGUUUAAUGUCUCCCCGGCACAGCUGGAAGUAGGAAAAACUUAUAAUGAGACAAUUAUGCUUCUGGAUGGCGAAGAAGAAAAGGACUGGACUUUCGAGGAGACCAGAUUGGAUAAUUGCCACCAUGUUGCAGUUGCUCUGGGGCAACCAGAGGGGUCUAAGGAGAAGCAUUCUGAGGUGCCUUGUAGGGAUGUGACCCAGACCGCCUUCACAACGCUGGCUUUUGAUGAUUUCGUUGCCUCUGCUGUUCCUCUCACACCUGAAGAUCCUGCCUGCUGGGAUAACUUUUGUUCUAGGCAGGAUUCACCAGCACGACAGAGUUCCAAUUCAAGAUAAAGCUGUUGACAAGAAAUGAAUUUGAGGGCACUCAAAGCCCACACGCUGUGCCUUUACCAGCAGGUCAUUUGUGUGUGUGUGGGGGGGUGUAUACUUGGAAAGAAGGGACGGAUGGUUAAAACUGCCUUUGAUUUAACACCUCAGCUUUUUUCUAGAUGAAGUGACCACCUUUUUGUCAGUUCUCUUCUUGGAGUUGGAUUUAUUCUCAGAUGUUGCCUAGGUUUUCCUGUUCCUCUAGCUCAGUGAUGGCAUAGCUCCCGCAGGGAAAUACCCGCUAACACAUGCGGCUGAGGUAAUUUUUUUUCUGAUUUUCACCCUCCCUUUCAUACUAUAGACAGUUCACCCCUCAUGCUGUUCCUGCCCAUCAAGACUAGGGUUUCAGGGAGCACUUCAGGCCGCAGUAGGAGCUGGGAGGUAGAGAAAAUUCAGUUCUGCUGACGCAAAUGCCUUCCAUGAGCAGAGAUUUACUACGGGAUCCAAAUUAUCAGGCUUUGGGGUUCCUUUUCAAAAUGGAACAGUCGCUGCAGCCUUCUUUUCUGCUCUUGACCUCCUGUGAUGUGGAACAUAAGAGUUUUCUCCCUAGAAUUCUACCCACAAUCAUUCUCUCUGAAGAAACUCUUUCUACCCAACCUCAUGCAUCUUUAAGGGCAAGAAUUAACCAAAUGAUGUCAAGGAAUAUCUUUGCUGUACUCAUAACGACCUGUGCCAUGUCAUAGGAAAUACAUGGCUGGGGGUAGAAGUACACACACUGUGAUAAUGGACACCAUAGUUUGCUAAUUUAUGAACGGGGCCUUGCUUCUGAUGGCACAGAUUUCUGUACCUCCAGUUGUUGCCCACACAAAUUUCCUUGAUUACUAGCGAACAAGGAGGAGGGAGUGUGUGCUAAUGUUGUUCUUCUCCAUCUCUGCAGUAAUAAUGGGUCUUUGGAGAAACCACAGCUAAAAUAAACAAGAGCUAAUAUUGGUACCAUACGUAGCUGCCUUGAAUCACUGGGGGGGUAUAAAUAUUGUAAUAAAUAAGUUGUUCAGCAAGAUUGAAUUCAGAGCUCUCCAUUUGCAAAACUGGACUGGGUUGGGUUUUUUUU